ACGACAGUGAUUUAGAUUUUUUCUUGAACAAAGCGUCACGUGAUGUGAUAUCAGAAUACUGUAGGUCCUGGAAGUAUAAGAGAAUCGAAAAAGAGAGGUGCAUUUAUCUACCAGAGAGACCAAAGAAGAUGUACGAGCUCUUCAUGGAGAAACUACAACUAGAUAUCAUUACACACUGUACGAUAUCAGACAGAGACUUUCAUCCUACAAUAAAUGAACACUUUCAUGUCCCUUUAGAAAUUCUAAGAUGGGAUCUUGAGGCCAGAAUGCAAUUCUUGGAGUUAGACAAGAAAGGCGAAACUCAAUUUGUACACCACGCUAGAGGCAUGAUAGUUGGAUGUGCUGAAGCAGGCAAGACUACGCUACUCAAACGUCUGCAGAAAAAGGAUAUCAAAGACGUUGAGCAAACAAGAGGUCUUGAGGUUCAUGAAGAAAUGUUUGAGAUAAAUGAUAAAACACAGUCAUUACAAGAUUUUCCCAAAGCUACUACAUUGAACACAACAGAAAUUAAGCAUCGGAAAGGAUCUUCUAAAAAGACUCUGACUUUCUUUGACUUUGCGGGUCAAUGUGUCUACUACGCCUGUCACCAGAUUUACCUAACCAGAAGAGCUUUCUAUGUUGUGGUGGUGGACGCCUCUAAACGUCUUGACCAGAAGGUGGAUAAAAAAGUAUGUGAUCAAGAUGGGAGCGUUUUCUCUGGAUGGACAUAUGGAGAAUAUUUUCUGUUCUGGAUAAAUUCCAUUCAUACAUUUUGUGACACAGAGAGUGGGGAAGCACCAACUAUUCUGAUAGUAGCCACACAUUGGGAGAAUGCCAAACAGUAUAAGAGCAAGAAGGAAUUCAUAAUGAAUCUUCAAAAGACGAUUCCACGUCAUUCUCGCAUUUUAUCGCAAUACAUUAGAGAGGAUUUUUGUUUUUUCUUACGACUGCCUGUAGAACCCAUUCAAGAUUUAGAAAAGCGGAUCGUUGAAAUUGGAACCCACAGAAAAUGGACGGAACGUAUUCCAAAGGAGUGGGUUUGCUUUGAAAUAGACAUACAUCAGAGGAAAAAUGAAAUUAAAAUUAUGAAUACAGCAGAAAUAGUUAUGCAUGUCCAUGAGUAUGAAAAAGCUUUUUCACACCAUCAUACUCAAAGGCAACAUAUUAGAAAACAAGAAAUGUUACGAUAUUUUCACGACGCUGGGAAAAUUUUGUACUUUAACGACGAAGUUUUAAACAGAUCCGUCAUUAUUGAUGUGCAGUGGUUUGUUGAUGCUUUCAAACACAUUAUUACAGACAAUCUUAUCUCAGCAGGCAUUAAAGUUGCACUGGAGGAUUGGAAAGAAUACUAUGAAACUGGACAUCUGAAAGACAGAGAUCUAAUGGAAAUCUGGAAAUAUGUUGAUAAAAAACUGCAUGAAGAAAGAACACACGAUACAAUUAUAAAUUUGGACAAUGAAGAUGAUGCAUUAAGUGACACUAACUUGGAUUUUCCCGAUCAUGCUUUUUACAAGCCCGGGGCCUUUGAGCAUGUAGAGAUAAACAAAAAACACAAGCAUCAGGACUUCUCAUGUCAUAAAACGAAAAUUUUGAAAUUCAUGCAAAGACUUGGUUUAGUAGCCAGUUGUGGGGACAUGUUUUACAUACCAUGCAUGAAUCGAAAGGAUUUUGAUGAGGAGAUGCAAAACGAAGUUCGUGAAGCACAUGUAAAAUCGUCCAUUCUAAUUUUUAAAUUUGAACUGUUGCCUUACUUUUACUUCUUUCGUCUUGUCGUUGCUUGUAUGCAGAAACAAAAUUGGAAAGUGCUUAAAAGUCAUGAUAGGUUAUGUCUGUACAGAAAUGUAGCUUUAUUUUUAUCCAGAGAUCAUCAUGUUGCAAUUGCUGUCAAUACAACGUCAAUCCAACUUCAAGUUUACCAGCCAGUACAUUGGGAGUCUUUGGACGUUCGUGAAACCAAGCUUAUUCAAACCGAUGUGGAAAAAAGCUUGAUGGAAGUAACAAGUACAUUCCAUAGAGAAAAUAAGUUUACUAAAGGAUUUAGCUGUAAAUCUGGAAAUAAGUAAUCGAUAGCAAUGGCGAUUGAAGGCCACUUUAUUCAAGCGGAUACCUUAAAAAUAGGGGAUAAAAUUAUGUGCCCAUUACACCAAGGCAAGGAUCGUCAUUUCCUUGAUACCAACAAUUUAACAAAAUACUGGGACUUAUCUAGAUCUAACUGUUGAUUCAAGAAAGCACUCUGUAACGAUAUUUAGCAUAACUUAUGUUGAUUUGUUC